UACGCAGAGCUCCACCCAAUGCUGCAACGUCAUCGGGCCGCCCCGCUGCAAACAUCGGAUUGACGUUUACAAAAUUGGAACGAUGACUUGCCUAAACAAAACAACUUCGAAGAAACGGCUAUGGCGACCACGAUUCCUCGCGUGCUGGUAGUAGCUGGGUCGGACAGCUCAGGAGGAGCGUAAGUUCGAUGCAAGAUUUGAGAAGCAGAGCUUUCGGCCUGACCAUGAAUCAGUGGGCUGGAAGCCGAUCAAAAAGUGAUUGCCGGCAAGUCAGUUCGGGCCGUAGGACAUGGCAUUGAUGCUGAUCCUGGUCAGCGCAUGGCUGCUAUGCAAUGACAGCAACGACUGCAUUAACUGCACAGAAUACGCAAGGUGUAUAUGGAAUCCAUGAGACUCCAACAAACUUCGUGCAGAAGCAAAUUGACGCGUGUAUCGAUGAUAUCGGCGUUGAUGUUCUCAAGACUGGGAUGCUCGCUUCGGCGCAGACCAUUGCUGCCGUCGCGACUGCUAUACAGCAGCACAAUGUUGCAAGAACAGUCGUCGAUCCUGUUAUGGUCUCUACAAGUGGCGCACAAUUGCUUCCAGAAAAGGCCGUGAAGAAUAUGGUCUCGGAUUUGUUGCCGCUGACCACAGUCCUCACGCCUAACAUACCCGAAGCCACUCUUAUACUCCGCAAAGCUGGCAAAGAAGCCUUUCCCAUCGAUGGGCUCGAAGACCUGAAACGACUCGCUGCGGAAGUCCACUCCCUUGGUCCCAAAUAUGUCCUCCUCAAGGGUGGCCACUUCCCUCUCACGUCAGACUACAAGACAGCAAGCAGCGAGGCCGAGAAGAAACUUGUUUGCAACAUCCUCUUCGGCGGCGAAACGAUGGACAUCAUCGAAUUUCCCUACCUCAAGAGCAAAGACACCCACGGCACUGGCUGCUCCCUCGCCUCUGCUCUCGCCUGCAACCUCGCUCACGGUCUCGAAAUCACCCAAGCUGUCGUCGCCGCUUGCCGCUAUGUCGAUACUGGAAUCAAAACUGCCUUCAAGCUCGGCGUGGGUAGCGGUCCGAUCAACCACUUCCACUCCCUCCAAAUUGUGUCUUUUCCACCCAAUGGCUUCAUCGACUACCUUCUCGACCGCUUCGACGUCCAACCCGCCUGGCACGAAUUUACACACCACGAUUUCGUAGAAAAGCUCGGCGACGGGAGCCUCGAUCCGGAACGCUUCAAAUAUUACAUGAUACAAGACUACCUCUACCUUAUCCAAUUCGCGCGCGCAAACGCUCUCGCGGGAUAUAAGGCGAAGACAUUGCCAGAUAUCGCUGGUGCUGCGGCGAUUGUCCUGCAUAUCCAGCGCGAGACGGCAUUGCAUGUGAAAGAGUGCGAAGAAUUUGGCGUUACGGAGGAGAUGAUGUUGCAGUAUGAGGAGCAUCAGGCUUGUACGGCUUACACGAGAUUCGUCUUGGACGUGGGCCAGAGCGAGGAUUGGUUGGCCUUGCAGAUCGCGCUAUUGCCGUGUUUGUUGGGGUAUGCGGUUAUUGCGAAGAGGUUGAAAGCUUUGCAGGGUCGCUUAUUUCCUGCUGAUGGAAAGGGGAAGACGAAUCGGUAUGCGACCUGGAUCGACAAUUAUGUCGCAGAGGAUUAUACGGCUGCUGUGAAGACGGGAUGUGGUCUCAUCGAGAAACAUGCGCAUAAGCAGAGUCCGACGAGGAUUGAGGAGCUGGUGAAGAUUUUCAUUCAUGCUACGAAGAUGGAAACCGGCUUCUGGGACAUGGCCGAAGGGGGCGAGAAGGUGCAGGAGAAGGCAAAGCGCAACGAAAGCAUUGUCACUGCGAGCACGAAUACGAGUCGACACUACUCGGGACGAACGACUGGUCGGUGAGCUGUUUGCGCAGUAUAAGGAGCAUGAGCAUGGCUGCGGAAACUUGCUGAGAUCUAUGUUAUAGCUAGGCAGAGGUUUAUGCAUGAAUGCCAAAGGGCGGUGAUGUGGCAUUUGAGCUUCUUUCAUUUACUCUUCCUCUCACCCAUUCUU